GAUGGCUAGUUUUUCCUGGUUCCUACUCCUUCUCAUCAUCAUGGUAAAGAUUGACCACUCAGAAUCAAUUUUGAGUGAGAAGACUGAGCAGACCUGCUGCUCCCUGGUCUCUUGUGGUACCCCUGGGGCAAAUGGAGCUCCUGGAAAAGAUGGAAGAGAUGGGCUCAAGGGAGAAAAGGGAGAACCAGGCCAAGGGCUUAGAGGUAUCCAGGGCCCUCCAGGAAAAAUGGGACCUCCAGGACAACCAGGGCCACAAGGAACUCCAGGACUACAGGGAUUGAAAGGAGAUAGAGGAGACAGCUCAGUUUCUUUGAAUAAGCUGUCAACCUUGGAAAGAAAAAUCCAAAAUCUUGAAAUGCAACUGGAAAAUAUCAAUGAGUCUUUUCUCAAACUGGUCACAGUCUCACAAAAACAAAUCCAGACCCUUCAAGCUCAAGUGGACAGGAACAAAAAAAUUCUGAUCUUCUCUUUGAGCAAAAAGACUGGAAAAAAAUUCUUCCUAACAAAUGGAGAAAAAGCUACUUUUGACAGAGUGAAAGUUCUUUGUGAGCAAUUAGGAGCCACCAUUGCAACCCCAAAGAAUAGAGAAGAGAAUCAAGCUAUUCAGGAUUUGGCCAAAGAUAUCCCUGCUUUCCUGGGCAUCACAGACAAAGUGCAAGAAGGACAGUUUGCAUACCUGACUGGAGAAAAAGUGAUCUACACCAACUGGAAGGAGAAUGAACCCAAUAAUUAUAAGUCUGAGGAAGACUGUGUGUUAUUGCAGAAUGAUGGACGAUGGAAUGAUAUAUCUUGCACUACUUCCUUGCUUACUGUAUGUGAAUUACCUGUUGAAUAGAUCCCUUACUGUGGAUUGAAUGUUAAACUCCUUCAUCUGUGACUUCAUAUUAAUGAAAGCAAGAACAAAUGCUGGAACUUUGUAAGCUUCAAGUUCAAUUGCCAUUUUCUGUGUUGAAGCACAUAAUUAAAAUACCUAACUAUUGAUUUUGUCAUGCAGAUUCAUCCUAGCAAUGAUGGAUCAUUAAUAUGUACAUGUACAUAUGAAGAACAUAUGCUUUAAGGUAGAAAGACAAAAUCAAGAAAAUAUAAUUCCAUAAUGAAGAGUUUUGUUAAUUAAACUAGAUUUGUGAGCAAUCUGAGUUUAUGGUAUAUUGCAAUAAAAGUUGCCUUGAGUCUUA